CGUCUCCUUCUCCUCUCGAUUUUCUUCGUCGUCGGAUCUAUACGACGCGGUCGCGGACCUGCAGCUAUAAGGAGACAGAGCACUAUUCGUCCUUGCACCGCGGUCCACCGGUCCAGUUAGCGCAGUUCCUCCGGCGUAACGUCUGCAGCGAAUCCCGUCACGCCGUUACCUAUAUAUAGUCCGCGAUCUCAGCACGGUCGCUUUUACACGGAUCGACAAGACUUAUCGCGUAUACGUUCCGCACAUAUAAGACAUCCUGCGAGAUUUGCAGCGGACCUAUACACAGGACCUCCUCUGCGAUUCACAUCAGUCCCGUCCAUCGCCAUCAUGCGCCGACAAUUUUUCUGCAGCGGUUACCUGUUGGCGCUGACCACAGCGGUGGCAUUGACGGUCGCCGCCCCGCAGACCGCGGCCCCCGCCGAAUCGGCCUCCGAAGACGUGGUGACGUACGAUCAGCGGCAGAACGGCACCGAGAACGUGCGGAUCAGCCUGAGCGAUCUCAAAGUGGUGCUGGCCCCGGCCGACGGGCUGUUCCAGAUAAUGUCCAUGGCCGGUGCACAGUUGCUCAACUCGGAGUUUGCCGCCGCCGCGUCGGAUCAUCGGCCGACUGCAGUCGAGUGCACCGGGUUCAAGUGCAACAACCGGCACAGGCAGGCAGCUAAAAAGAAUCGUUUCAAACUAUCGAAUCUUAUAGCACCAUUAUUAAACAACCAAGCCGAACAGAAAGUUGCAGAAACAGAAAGUAUUAGUGUCAACAACAAUACUAAUUAAACAUUAGCUUUUAAAUACUAUUUACAAUAUCGGUUCAAAUAGUUACAGUUAAUAUCAAUACAAGGACGAAUAAAAUUAUACCUAUUUCAUGUACGAUUUAAUACAUUUAAAUUGCAUGAAUACUUUUUAAACCUAAAAUAUCGUUGUACGUUACAUGGUAUAUUUAAUAAUUUCAAUAUAUUUUGUAUUUAGCAUUAAAAAUAUAAAUUGUAAAAAGUUACGUACCUAAACAUUAAGUAUACUUAGUUUAGUAAUUUAUUUGUAAAUUUGUCACAUUUAGUAUCUAUUAUAAACCAUAAUUAAUAUUUAAUAUUAAACGCAGUUUUGUUCAAUACAAAACUUUAAAAAAAUUAAA